AUGGCAGACUUAGGGUUUCCAAAGAUUCCAUCUAAAUCGCCAGCUCCGUCAACACCCUCCACGCAUACGCUGGACUUCUCACAGAGCCCAACUCCCGCUCCUGCUCCCACAUUUCAGAACGGUGAUUUCCAGUCAACCGCCACAAACACUGCUAAUAAACUUCUUUCAUUCAAAGACCGCGAGCAGCGUGCUGUUGCAGAAAUGCUCUCGCGGUUCAGGAACCUAGUUUCGCUCUCUAGCAUGAAAGAUAAUGAUGGCGCGAGCGCGACGAAGGAGGUUGCUGCAGGACAGGCUUUUGCCCUAGAGGUUGAGAGUGUUGCUUUGGUGAGAGCCGCGGAAGAUCUCUUGCAGUUGAGUAGGGAACUGAAGGAGAUGUGGCUUUUUGGGCCGUUGAGAGGCAUUGGUGAAGGUGAAGGUGGGGAGACUAUUGAUGAGGAUUCUAAGAAGGUUGGGGAGAUUGCGGAGGCGCUUUUAAGGAAACAGGUUGGGGCUCCUACUGAAGGCGGUGGGUCUUGA